GCUUUCCCGUAUUGUUUUCCCACCUCUCGGCACCAUAUAGCCUACUCUCUUUUGUAUCUGUAUCCCCUUUCAUAUUCAUUCACUCAUUUUAGGUUAAUUCAUCCGCCAUAAAAUGGCUUCGCGCAUUCUUUCCAGAGCCAUCUCCUCAUCAUAUUCGCCUCUACUACGACCAACAAGGCGGCCAUUACAUCUUCCGCUUUACUCGUGCCCUAGUCUUUCGCCCAAGUGUGUCGCUUCUUCACGUCUGUUCCCUGCGUUUCGCCAUGUCCGACUACAAAGUACUACAUCAAAGCCACAGCAAACGCAAAAGCUCCAAUGGUAUUGGAAACUACUCAUUACUUUGGGCAUCACUGCUGGAGCGACGACUGGCGGCGUUAUCGUUGCAGAUAAAUACUAUAUGGGAGGCAUCCUUACGCGUAGCUUGCGAGCAUAUGCGACAUUAGCUCAAGUCGGCUUCGAUUAUAAAAUGCACACAGGCAAGAAUCCCAAAGGAGCCCGUGUGCCCAUCGAUGAGCUGCACGAUCGAAAUGCCAAGAGAGUUUGCGACAUGAUCAAAACCAACGGCGGCAUGUUUUUAAAGAUUGGCCAAGCCAUCGCCGUACAAAGCUCCGCUCUACCAGAAGCGUACCAGCGUGAAUUCAAGGAUAUGUUUGACGAUACUGCUCAGGAUCCCUGGAAAGACGUACAAGCAGUUAUUAGAGAAGAGUUUGGAGCCAGCGCGAUUGAAGUAUUCGGCGAUGGUAUUGAAAGAGAGCCCAGAGCCUCCGCAUCCAUAGCACAAGUCCACUACGCGAAGCUGCCAGACGGACGAGAAGUUGCUGUCAAAGUGCAGAAAAGAAAAUUGGCACAACAAGCAUCCUGGGAUUUGUGGACAUUCAAAACUCUUCUCGAUAUAGUCGGCAAAAUGACAGAUGUACCCAUUCAAGGUCUCGGCGACUAUAUAAUGAAUAGCGUCAUGCAAGAGACCGAUUUCCAAAACGAAGCUGCAAACACGAUACGUACUGCGGAACUUGUCAAGUCUGACCCCAACCUGAGCACACGUGUAUAUAUCCCCAAAGUCUACGCUGAGCUUACAUCCAAACGCGUAUUGACAUCUGAGUGGAUCCACGGAGCCAAUUUAUGGGAUAAAGAUAUCAUUACUGGCAAAUACGAGGCGUCUGAUGAAGCAAAUUCAGCGAUGGGUCUUAGGGAGGCAGAUGUCAUGACCACAGUCAUUGAUCUCUUCUCAUCUCAAAUGUUCAAAUGGGGUUUCGUACAUUGCGACCCUCAUCCUGGCAAUAUAUUCGUACGACGCCUUCCGACAGGCCAGCCACAAAUCGUACUGAUAGAUCAUGGCCUCUAUGUAUCCCUCACCGAUAACUUGCGGCGACAGUAUGCUCGAUUUUGGAAAUGUCUCCUAAUGGGUGACCAAAAGGGACUGGACGAAGUAUCGGCUGCUUGGGGAAUGAAGACGUCUGAUGCCUGGGCGGAUACAUUCAUGUCUCGCGAGAAAAAGCCUGAUCCGGUUGGCGAGACACCCGCAGAGCGCGACGAGCGAUUGCUGAGCGAAGCCUCUGGCUUCUUCGGUGAGGCUGGGCUAUAUCCCCGUGAGCUCUUGUUCUUGGAACGGAAUUUGGCUCUUGUUCAAGGCAGUAACCGUUUUUACGACUCUCCCGUCAAUCGACUCGGUAUGAUUGGUCGUUCAGCAAUGCAGAACCUGCGCGACGACAGCCAAGUGACGUUUCGGCAGGCUCUAAGCUCACAAUGGUCCAUGCUUGUGCUUGAUGCCGUCUUCUACAUUAGCCGUUGGAGGCAGUAUAUGGGAUGGGGCAAAGGCUUUGAGGCGGAGCUCAAAGAAGCUGAGGAGAGAAUGGCUCAAGAGAUGAAAGAUUCUAUAUCUGGGCUUUGGGAGGUUGACGAGAAGGUACAGUGACGGAGACAGGGAAGCUCUCCGUUGUAUAAAUAACGAUUUUCCUUUGUUAAGCAUCUAGCAUUUAGCAAUCGGCGUACAUGUACACUAUCCAUAGACAAUCUCUGUUCCGUACAGAUGUAUUAUUAUUACUCCCCAAUAAAAUAUUCUU